AUGAAAAAUGAUCGAUGAUAAAAAGCUGUUUCUUGGCAUUGUUGGCUCAUCAAUAAUAGCUUACAACACAGUAAGAUUACUUUACAAAUACGUCUAUCAUGAGCAAUCGCCUCUGAUUCCUGUUGGGACGGUGAAAGCGCUUUAUGUCUACCCUGUGAAGUCUUGCAAGGGAAAGAAGGUAUUUUCCAUGUACUGCACCGAGACUGGUCCGAUCUCGGGAGAGGUUGCUGACAGAAGCUUCAUUGUCAUCAAUGGCACUGAUGGAAAAUUCUAUACCGGUAGACAAAAACCACGUAUGGUCACCAUCGAAUCGGACGUGCAAGAUGGUGUUCUGACCAUGAAAUGGGGAGAAAAAAGUGCCAGCGUGAAGAUUGAUAACGUCUUGGAACGAAGAGAUGUCCGAACUGCAAAGCUGUUCCAUGAGGAAGUAAGCGAAGGACUUGACUGUGGCGAUGAGAUGUCGGCUUUUCUCUCUGAAGUUUUGGAGGAGCCUGAUACUAGAUUGUUGAUGUACGAAAAAGGUCUUUAUUCGAAUCGAGGUUGCGUAAUUGAGCGGAGAGCAUGGAACAAAGAAAUACCACUGAGAACGGACAGGACUCCAUAUGCCGACGAUGCUCCGUACAUGAUUAACACUCAAGCAUCGCUAGAUGAUUUGAAUACUAGACUGGAGAAUAAGGCAGAGAUUGAACGAUUUCGGCCGGUCAUUUUUGUUGACAAAUGCGCGGCUUGGGACGAGGACAAAUGGCUAAGUGUACACAUUGGCGACGUUGCAUUACAGUGCCUCAAGCCAUGUCUGCGUUGCGUUAUGACCACCAUUGAUCCCUCUACAGGAGAGAAAGAUCCAUCUGUUGAACCACUUAAAACGCUGAGGCAAUGUCGGCUUGCUCCUGAAGGACCCAUGAGAGACGACUGCAAAGACAACCCCAUGUUUGGCGUUGAUUGUGGCCUUAUCCAUCCUGGCUACAUUCAUGUUGGACAAACUGUCUACGUACGCUACAAAUCUGAGUAUUUGAAGCAGACUCCGUUCUUUUCUUCAUAAUUCUCCUCCAUCCUUUGUAACCUGUAUCCAUAUAAAACCCUCUAGCCAUAGAUAUACAAUGCUAUGGCUUCAUUUUAGUGUAUUACUUAUUAGUCAAAAUCUUAUAUAUAAAGCUGAAUGUAUGUAUGUA